AUAACACAAAUUAUCUACAUUAACGCAGGUGUUUGUUCAACUCACUGCCUAUCUAUUUAACUGAAUAAAGAGAAGAAAGAAAAGAAAGGAGAAAAAGAGGAAUAUGAAGAAAAGAUCAGCUAAACAUUCUUUAUUAGACAGAAAUAUUCUACAUGGUCAUCAAUUAAGAGAUUUAUUUUUAUUUGGUAAAACUGGUAUCUCGACAAUAAGGAGUUAUCUACAUGAAUUAAUUCAUUCCUUAGAAGUAAUGCUAUUUCGUUCUUAUGCUAUAUCAAGUUAUUUUAAUGAAGUAUUAUUAAAUCAAACAAAACGUCAUUUUCGUUUAAUGCUUAAAUAUGCUGCAUAUAUUACAUUUGUAUUAUUUUUAGAAACAACUGUACGUAUCCCAGAUUCAAGAAUUAAUGAUAUAAAAUAUUCAUUUAUAUUAAUUAUUCCAAUUAUUUGUGCUUAUUUAUCAACAUUAUUUCCAUUGAAACAUAACACGUAUGUAUUUAUGUCAUCGAUUUUAUGUAUAUGUUUUCCAAUUAUCAUUUUAUGGUCUAGACGGAUAGCAUUCCGGGCAGAUCACGGACUGUUAACACCAAUCAUUAUCCUGAUUAUAUGUAAAAGUGUUGAAGCACGUAAUCAGUGUAAAUCAGCAUUGAAACAUCAAGUUCAUUGGAUUGAAGCUAUUAUGCCAUCAUGUAUACGUGAAGAAUAUCAAUUAUUUCGUAAUCGUAAAUUAUAUCCUAAUAAAGAUAUGUGGGUAUUUAAUAAAACUUAUCAAAAUGUUAGUAUAUUAUUUGCUGAUAUUGUUGGUUUUACAAAUAUGAGUUCAAAUAAAACAGCUUUACAAGUUGUUACUAUGCUAAAUAAUUUAUUUAAUCGGUUUGAUGAUUUAUGUUUAUUAACAAAAUGUGAAAAAAUUGGUACAUUAGGUGAUUGUUAUUAUUGUGUCUCUGGUUGUCCUAUCCCACAAUAUGAUCAUGCUAAAUGUUGUAUUGAAAUGGGAUUAGGUAUGUGUCGAAUUAUUAAAGUAUUUAAUUAUGAUUAUAAUGAAUCUGUUAGUAUGCGUGUUGGUAUUCAUACUGGUCGAGUGAAUGCUGCUAUUAUAGGCAUAAAACGUUUUCGUUUUGAUGUCUAUUCUUAUGAUGUUAUUAUUGCUAGUGAGCUGGAAAGUACUGGUCGAGCUGGUCGUGUACAUGUUUCACAAAUCACAUUUGAUUUAACUAAAAAUAUUUAUAAUUUUUCAAAAGGUGAACCAUUAAUUAUUAAAAAAGAAGAACAAUGUGGUAUUGCUGGUAUGCAAUUAACUAAAACUACAAUGGACACGUAUUAUGUUGAUCCACGUUCAUCAUUAUUACAUGAAAAACAUGAAA